CGUAAACAUUGCAAGUAUUGAGUCAUGGACAUAAUCAUGGCUUAGCGUCACCUUAAAUCGAGGAUUCUAGAAAGGUAUUUUGGCAAGCAGACACCAUAAAGAUAGUUAAAAAGUAUUCAGAGUGACUGCUAGAAACAAACUGUUCGAUACUGACCGAUCUUACGCUCAAAAUUGAAUCACUGGUUUGACAUUGAAACCCGAGCGGCAUAUAUCUACCAAAAAAGAUCAAGGAUUGGAAAAAAUAACCUUUUAUCUAUAUAAGGAGGAACAAGUUGAAGAUUUUACCAACAUGGCAGACAAGGAUACCCCUGAUAGUUUGAAUAACUCUCUGGACGGGGAAUUCCCUCCUCAGGACCAAGAUGAUGGGGAACUCAAUAUGUCAACGGGAAGCUCCAUUAGUGAUACAGAGACAGAGAAGAAGAAACUGAGGACCGAGUCACCAAGUUCUCCUAGAAUCCCUCCAGCAUUUAUGGUUGCAGCAUCCCCUCCAAAGUUUCUAAGUUUUGAGCAGUUGAUGGAGGCCACAAAUGGAGUGAAAAACAUGGCACUGGCCCAUGAAAUUGCUGUCAACAAUGAAUUCAAGCUGGAAAAGUUCCAAGCACCUGAAGACAGCAUAGAGAAGAAGGUCAAGGACACAGUCAGAAGAGCAUUCUGGGAUGCCUUUCAGGAGAAAUUGAACGAGGAUCCACCUGACUUUUCUCAUGCUCUGGUUCUGAUAGAGGAGAUCAAGGAGAACAUCAUGAUGCUACUGUUGCCACAGCAUGUGAGAUUUCGGGCCCAGAUCAAUGAGGUGCUUGACAUAGACUUGAUCAGACAGAAGCUUGAAAAUGAUGCCUUUGAUAUUUACUACUACUCUAACUAUAUUAUUGGGGUCAUGGAGAAACUAUGUGCACCUGUCAGAGAUGAACAAGUGGCAAAACUGAAAACAGUCAAAGAAGUUGUUCCCCUUUUCCAGGAAAUAUUUUCUGUUUUGGAUCUGAUGAAGAUGGACAUGGCUAAUUUCACCAUACAACAAAUCAGACCAUACUGCCAGCAGCAAUCGGUGGAGUAUGAACGCAAAAAAUUCCAAGAUUUCCUCAAAUCACAACAAGAGGCAGGAAUUGAUGGUCUGGAGUUUACAAAAGCCUGGCUAAAGAGAAGUCAUGAUAAGAUUACAGAUGUGAAUGCGGUAGAGGAGGCUAUGGCAUUGCCUUUAGCAACCCCAGCAGCCAUAAUGAAUGAGGCAUACACUGAAUUACUGGACUGGGAUGAAAAGAAUGUAAUUCCAGAGACUUUAGUAAUGGACCAUGCUAGAAUUGCAGAACAGAGGGACAGUGCUCACAGACUAGCCCUGAUUUCCUCUGUCCUAAUGAUCACAUACAGUACAGUGGGAGCGUCCAUCUCAGGUGUCCAAGCCCUGAAAGAAAAGUUAAAAUCUGAGAUCUGUACCUUACUAGAGGGAGUUUCCGAGAGUGACCUCCCUAAAGCGAUGAGUAAUGUCGGGGAGCAGGUCAAUAAGAUGGUGAAUGAGUUUCUAUCGUCUCAUGGGUUCCAGGCUCAGGACGAGGCCCAGCAGAGGUUACUGGUCGGUCAGAUCACAGAAAUGUCCAGCAGGGACAACAAAGUCUACAAACUCCUAUUUAAAAGGCUGUUGGACUUCAUAAGACAAAUCAUUUCCUCACAACACAAAGAACCACUGAAAGUUCCUCCGGGAUUCUCGGCAGUGGAAAAGGAGCUUAGCCAGCUUUGUGGUCAGUUUUUGAGACUGAUUUCCUAUAACAGAUCUGUGUUUGGUUCCUACUAUGCAGACAUUAUAAACACACUACUACAGAAACACAUGGCAGACCUGUCUCCAAGGUAACCAGUGAUGUCAACAUGUCAGGAAUGGUGCAUCAUGGGAUUCCGAGUUUGUGUUGCCUGAAUGUGAGUGAGAGAGGAAGAAAUUUCAUUAGAAGUCUCUGGACAUUAUUUCUUGGGAAAAGAAAAAGAAAUGGUGAUAUUUUCCUAGCUUUUCAUGUGAAUGGAUAGAAAUGUAUUGUAUAGUGGAGUGUUGUUUUAUGUCAAUGUUAUAGGAGUGUGUUUUAAGGGAGAUAACUGUCAAUUCUUCAGAAUAUUAAGAUUAUGUUAUUAACUGUUAUUGUGAGCAUAGAGAUACUGGUAUAAUUUAGUGCUUAUAAAAGUGUGUAGUUCUUGUACCACUGUUUGUUUUGCUACACAAAAAGUAAUUUUUGCAAGAAUUUUUGAUUUUGCAAUAGAGUAUCCAUAGUUAUUGAGUGCUGUAUUCAGUUUGGCAUUAUGUACUUUAAUUUUAUAAUAGACAGUUGUGCCAAUUAUUAUCUUUCAAACACUUAUAUACACUUGAUGAAUAGUAUUAACUAGUAGAUAUUUUUCUUUGUUUUAUUUUUUGUUUGUGCUUUUAUU